CCCUAAGCAGCCUGAGGUAAUCUGUGAAAAUGGUUUGCUAUUCACUUGACCUGGAGAACCCCACGAAAUCAUGCAAAUCAAGAGGUUCCAAUCUUCAUGUUCACUUUAAGAACACUCGUGAAACUGCUCAGGCCAUCAAGGGUAGGCAUAUACGAAAAGCCACGAAGUAUCUUAAAGAUGUCACUUUACAGGAACAGUGCGUACCAUUCCGACGUUACAAUGGUGAAGUUGGCAGGUGUGCACAGGCCAAGCAGUGGGGCUGGACACAAGGUCAGUGGCCCAAAAAGAGUGCUGAAUUUUUGCUGCACAUGCUUAAAAAUGCAGAGAGUAAUGCUGAACUUAAGGGUUUAGAUGUAGAUUCUCUGGUCAUUGAGCGUAUCCAAGUGACCAAAGCACCUAAGAUGCGCCGCCGGACCUACAGAGCUCAUGGUCGGAUCAACCCAUACAUGAGCUCUCCCUGCCACAUUGAGAUGAUCCUUACUGAAAAGGAACAGAUUGUUCCUAAACCAGAAGAGGAGGUUGCCCAGAAGAAAAAGAUAUCCCAGAAGAAACUGAAGAAACAAAAACUUAUGGCACGGGAGUAAAUUCAGCAUUAAAAUAAAUGUAAUUAAAAGGAAAAAAAAAA